AUGGCUGCGCUUCGAAGAUUUAUUUCAAGAAGAGGUAAACCCAGUUGCAUGUACUCCGACAACGGAACCACGUUUGUCGGAGCUGCUAGACAGCUCAAAGAGUUAUAUGAUUUUAUAAAUGACGAGCGGACACAAGAACCUGUCAGGCAUUUCCUGUGUGAGCAGGAAACUUCCUGGCAAUUCAACCCUCCCAACGCCCCUCAUUUUGGCGAGUUAUGGGAGGCUGCCGUUAAAUCAGCCAAGUGUCAUAUGUCACGAAUCAUUGGUAAAGCGCAUUUAGUUUUCGAGGAGCUGCAGACAGUUCUUUCCGAGAUCGAAGCGAUAUUAAAUUCGCGUCCCCUUACGCAAUUAAGCACCGACCCUAAUGAUUUGAUGUACCUUUCUCCUGGUCAUUUUCUGGUUGGUACGGCGUUGAAUGGCUUUCCUUCCCACGAUUUGUAUGACGUUAAUGAAAACCGUUUGACGCGCUGGCAGAGAGUGGAGCAGAUUAGGCAGCAUUUUUGGCGUCGCUGGAGUGCUGAGUAUCUCCACUCUUUGCAGCAGCGUUCCAAAUGGAAAACUAACAAGGGUGUCCAACUCCAACCUAAUCAGAUGGUGCUUAUAAAGCAGCAAGGCCUAGCGCCGUUGCAAUGGCUUUUAGGGCGCGUGGAGGAGGUGCAUCCCGGCUCCGACGGUGUUGCGCGAUCAGCCGCCGUUCGAACUGCCAAGGGUCUAAUUGUUAGACCAUUAUUCAAGCUUGCGAUUUUACCCGUUCAGGAAUGA